AAGGAGCUCCUCUCUAGUCUCUAUACUAUCUUUACAAAUUGCUCCAGCAAAACCCAUCGUCAAAACCCAAUUUCAAGCCGAGAGCUCGAGGCCGGUCGGAUUGACUCGGAAGACCAAGGUUCUCUGUUUCGCCAUAUUAGAUGAUUUUCUUCAAGAUCACGUUUCAAGCAUUCAACUAAUUUGCAUUAAAUUAGUUACCUGCAUCCAUGCUUUAUUCGUUAUGGUAAGCCAAAGAAGAAAAAUCAACUGUACUAUAUUGUUGUACAUACUCUUGUUGUAUUCCUGUCGUGUGGAUUUCUAUGUCACAGGCCAAGAUACAUUAAAGCGUGGAGAGUGGAUUACUGACAAUAAAACCCUUGUCUCCAGUAGUGAAACGUUUGAAUUGGGAUUCUUUAACGCUACGGGAAGCUCUAGCUCCAAAAGCUAUGUCGGGAUAUGGUACAAAUGGGAUCAACAAACAGUUGUAUGGGUUGCCAACCGAGACAAACCUGUCCUCAACGGUUCCACGGGAGUUUCUUUUGGAAUUACAAACGAUGGCAAGUUUCAGAUAUGGGAUAUUAAAACUAGACACGUUUAUUGGAGUGUAGACGAUGAGAGUUCUCGGUCUACAUAUCGAUCUGUGACGCUCAUGGAUUCUGGAAACCUGGUCUUAAGGGGUGAUCAGCUGGGGACGAGUCUGUGGGAGAGCUUCAGAAAUCCAACUGAUACAGUUCUUCCAGGUAUGAAGAUGGAUAAAGAGCUGACAUUGACUUCAUGGAUAGGUGAUGGUGACCCAGAAAGUGGGGAUUUCACGUUUCAGCAAUAUCAAGAAGAAGAGGGCAAAUACGUUAUCUCAAAAAAGACAGGCGAUUAUUGGAGAAGUUGGAUGUCAGGCAACUUCUUCAGCUCAGGUGAAAGGCCCAGUUUCCCCGAUGCCGUAGCCAACUUAUUAUCAAAUAAAAGCAACUGCUUCAGGCGUACCGCGUAUGUGAUCAGGUGUUCGCAGGAUUCAAGUAUCAGAAGGUUGGUGUUGAAUUAUGCGGGGGAAUUACAGUAUCUGAACUGGAAUGCGGAAAAGGGAAAUUGGGAUUUGAUAUGGAGGGAGCCGGAAGACGAAUGUAGCAUUUACAAUGCUUGUGGGAAAUUCGGCGUCUGCAAUAUUAACAAUAGGGUGGUAUGCAAAUGUUUGCCUGGCUUCCAGCCUACUAACCCGAAGCACUGGGAUUCUGGAGAUUUUUUGGGUGGGUGCACUAGAAAUUCGACAUCAUCUGACAACAGCGACAUGUUCUUGAGCUUACAGAUGAUGAAAGUGGGCAAACCAGACUUUAAUUCCAAGGUAGAAAAUGAAACAGAAUGCAGAAAAGAGUACUGCCUUGAGAACAGCCAGUGCCAGGCUUAUUCAUAUGAUACUACUGGGACCGACAUCUGCUGGAUUUGGAAUUCGGAUCUAAAUAAUCUUCAAGAAGAGUACACAAAUGGUGGUCAUAACAUCUUUGUCCGAGUCGCAAAAUCUGUUAUAGAACCUACUGCUAGGAAUUGUGAGCCUUGUGGCACAAACCUGAUCCCCUAUCCGCUGAGCACUGGAACAAAUUGUGGUGACCCCAUAUACUUCAGUUUCUACUGCAACACCUCCUCAGGCCAGGUUAGGUUCAAGGCACCCAGUGGCACUUAUCGUGUUGCUAAUAUUACUCCAAGUACACAAAAAUUUGUCAUCCAAAUCAAACAUGCAGAAAAUAUUUAUGAUAGAAAUUUAGGAGGAAAUCUGCAACUCAAUCAAUCAUUGCCAUUUAAUGCGACCAUUGGCAACUUUAGUUCUAAAGUUGAAGUAGAAAUCAGUUGGGUGCCCCCGCAAGAGCCAACCUGUACUUCAUUGACAGACUGCAAGGACUGGCCAAAUUCAAUUUGCAAUAUAACAAGAGAUGGAUACAAGAGGUGCCUUUGUAAACAAAACUUCCAAUGGAAUGGCUCCACUUUAAAUUGUACUGAAGGUAAUCUUCCUCGGGGAUUAAAAGAGCCUUCAAAAAGAACGAAGCGGCUGCUUCUGAGUGUGGUGGAACAUUGUCAGAAGAAGUACUUGGACACGUUGUUGGCCAAAAUACCGCACGUGAAAUGUGGUGUUGUCUUGAAGAAACCCAUCUUCAGGCAGUUUGUCAUGGCCUUACAAGGCUAUGACAUGAGAUAUGGUUCUGUGACUAAUGAAGAAAAAGAGGGAUUUAAUCCAAAUCCCAAUCCCAAUUUUGCAUUUUUUGGUCAACGAAAUGGUGGAAGGGGUCGUGGAUCGAAUCGAGCUUUUGCUGCAACUACGGUAUCUGACCCACAAGAUUCUGAUCCAAAUUGGUAUACUGACACCGGAGCAAAUUCUCACAUGACCUCCGAUCCAGGUAAUCUUAAUAAUCCUCAAUCUUACACUGGUAAUGUUCAUGUGAUGGUUGGCGAUGGUUCAUUGUUGCCUAUUUCUCAUAUUGGUACCACUACACUAAACUCUUCUCAUGGAAAAUUAGAACUUCAAGAUGUGCUUGUUGUGCCUGAUAUUAAGAAAAAUUUAAUUUCUGUUAGUAAAUUAAUUAGAGAUCUUUCAUGUGCUAUUGAAUUCAUUUCUUCUGGUUUUAAGAUCAAGGACAGAAUUGCGGGGCUAAUCCUGGCAACAGGGCAUAAGCAAGGUGGCUUAUAA